AUGAUACAACAACCGUCAGAAGUGGACUAUGGAGUAAUUGACCCCACAUCAACAUUGAAAGACACUGGGCAGUGCCGUUGUGUCUUGGCCAGACUUUCUGCCACUCCGGCCUUUCUCCGCCUGGCCACGUUCCUUCGUCUACGUGAAGCAAUAGACUCGCGCAUAGCGGAGGAACAGGCUAGACAACGAUCAUCGCAAGAAUCUCUCGCCCGCUCCAACUCCGCUCGACGCCCGCCGGGUCGCAACACCUCCCCAAGCAGACGACCUUCCCGCCCCCGGAGGAAUACAGGAACCCCUGUGCGCGGACCCGACCCUACCGAGUUUGAGCAAGAAUUCGCUAUUGGGGAUGAUGAUGCGUCGAGCAGGUCCGCCACUCCCCUGCCGGAGUCGACGGACACCCCUGAGAACACUCAAGGAGAGAAUGCCGAGAAGGCCGAGGGUGCAGCGGAUGCAGCAACCGAGAAGGGGAGCAUGCCCGGGACAGAGGCAAGCCAGCAGUCGACGGAGUUAUCGCCUGAGGUGAAAGCGAAACUGCGCCGGCUGAAUAAAAUGGAGUCGCGUUACCAGGAGCUCUUGAAGGCAUAUCGGGCGGCCCAUUCUCGUGUCUUGUCGAUCGAGCCCUUUGAGGCAGCCCUGCGGGAGAACACGCCGUUGACUUCGAUCGCCGAUCCCAAAGCGCUAACUGAAUACUUCAAUCAGAUUUCGCUCAAGGGAGACUUGGUGGCGGAGGAGCUCAAACGGGUCACAACUGAAAGAGACGAAUUCAAGGGUAAGUUGGAGUCUGCGGAGAGAUCCGAGAAGGCUGCGCGGGAUGAAUUGAACACCUUGAAACAAGCCGCUAGUCGCGAAGAGCAACCGAAAGAUGAUAAAGAUCGCACCACAUCGCCGAAGCAGUCUUCCAAAGAAACCAAGGAGGAGUCCGAGGAAUUCUUUUCCUUUGACAAUGAAAUCCCCCGGUUGGAGUCUGAAUUGAAGGAGAGGCAAGAAGAGAUCGAGAGUCUCAAAGCUCAGACGGAAAACUUGAGGCGCGACUUGUCGGUGGCACGCGAGUCCACCGAGGGUAUGGUUCAUAACCUCGAGUCUGCUACGCGUGAGCUUACAGAGCUGCGUGAUUUCAAGGAUAAGCAAGAAUCGGAUAUGGAACAACUGAGGACCUCCAAGCAAAAUGAGAUGGAUGAACUCAAGUCCAAGCUUGAAGCUUCAGAAGCCGUUGUGACCGAGACCAAUGCGGAACUCGAGAAGCUAAAGGAGGAUUUGCAGAGCAAGACCGCCGAGAUAAAAGAGCUACAGGCGCGGGCCAGCAAGUCUGAAGACGCUGAUCAGCAGGCAGGGCUGACAUUGAAGCUGGACGAGGUCAAGCAGGAAAAGGAGGCCAAUGAGAAGCGGCUUGGGGUGCUACAAGGGCUAGUGGACAGUCUUCGAACUCAGCUCAAAGAAUCACAGGAAACGUUGUCAGGUCUAAAGGCAAACAUGGACCAGAAAACACAAGAUUUUGAGAAGUUGAAGAAGGUCAUUGACUUCCUUGACGGAAACCUGCAGGACAACGUUAAAUGGCAGGAAUCCAAGGACAAAGUCACGAACGGCCGGGAAGCCAACUUCGAGGAAUUUCGACAGACACUGGCCCCAUCGCAGGUCUCGGAACCAGCAAAAGAAAAGCCCGAAACCACAUCACAGCCUCCUGCUGCUGCUGCUGCCACAGGAGGAGCGGGCGCGGGUAAGAAGAAAAAGAACAAGAAGAAGAAGGGCGGCAAAGGUGGCGAGGACAACGGCAAGCCGGCAGAAACCGCUGCUCCAGAACCCGCUGAACAAACCGUUCCAGCAGCGGAUUCGAGCUCGACCCUGAUUGAGCUUGAGAGGAAGGUUGUGGAUCUAGAGCAACAGCUGAAAAGCAAGGAAGAGGCAAUCGAUCGUCUUGAUGCCAGAUUGAAGGGCGAAGAAGAUUUGAAGGAGGAGAUUGAGUCUUUACGUGACGAUCUUCUUAAUAUUGGCCAGGACCAUGUCGAGGCCAAGGACAAGAUUAAGGAGCUUGUGGCAGAGAAGACAGCUUUGGAAGGAACAAUCUCCAAGCUGGAAGCAGAGAUUACAGAUCUUCGAGCAAAUGACGCGAAGUCGGCGGAUUCCGCGAAAGCUCAUAGCGACCUUACGGAUGAAUACGAAAGUCUUAAGGUGAAGUUUACGACAAUUGAAACAGAACUCUCUGCUGCACAGCAGCUGGCGACUACAAGAUUCAAGGACGUUACUGAACUGCGCGAGUCCAUUCAGAAAAUCCAACCAGAGCUUAAGAAGUUGAGAGGCGAGAGUGCAGAGCUCAAGUUGACAAAGGAUGAGCUAAAGGCCAAGACAGCAGAGCUGAGAACAUUGGAAGGCAAGCAUGACGAUUUGCAAGCAGAGUUGAAGAGCCUUAAGACUUCAGUUUCGGAUCGCGAGACAGAAAUAAAGACUCUUAACCAAAAGAUUAAGCAAGAGUUGGAUAGUCGACUGAAAGCGGAAGAAAAUCUGACAGUUGCUCAAUCUGACCUGCGUUAUUCGGAGAGUAGAAAGCAGGAGGCCAUUGAGGGCAAGCAAAAGGUCAUGUCGGAACUCACAGCCGCACAGGAGGAGUUGAAGGCAGCGCGGUCACGAUUACGUGAAUACGAGCAGCAGACAACGCAGCUAAACAAGGAUCUGGAUGGGCUGCGGGAGGAAAUCCAGCUGAAAACAGCUCAACAUUCCAGUGCGCAGAGUCUGAUGAACAGCAUGCGCGAUCAGGCAUCCGAAAUCGGCAUGCAAAUGAAGGAAGCUCGGGAGCGAUGCGAGAGCCUAGAAGAGGAACUAGCAGAUGCCCACCGCCUCCUCAGCGAACGGACACGUGAAGGUGAAACCAUGCGACGCCUCCUCAACGAUAUCGAGGGCCGGGCUGAGGCCAAGACCCGCGAUUUUAAGGAGAGGAUGGAGGCGGCCAUUGAAGAGCGUGACCGUGCUGAGGAUGAAGCAAGUGCUCAGGGUCGACGUCGGGCCCGCGAACUCGAGGACCUCAAAACCAAGCUUCGUGAGAUGGAGAAGGCGUUACGAAGCGCAGAAGAGGACAAGGAGGAGCUGGAGCACUCGCAGAAGGACUGGAAGCGGAGACGUGACCACCUUGAAGCACAGGCAGAGACGGCCACUCAGGAACUCCACGAUGUUCAGCAGGCCAUGGCACGAUUGCGCGAAGCCUUGGAUGAAAGCGAGAAACAGGUCCGAGAUCUGGAGAAGGAGAAGGCUGAGCUGCGUCGGUCAGUGGAGCAGACGAACACGCGGUUGGAGAAGAUGCGCAAGUCAAGUAUGCUUGCCGAUGAUAGCCGUUUUGGAACAACCCCUCAGUCUUCACGUUCAUCCAUUGAUUCUGGAUCCCGGAAAGGCGUAACGUCUCCUGUUCCAAAGACGCGCAGCCCGUCCACGCAAAGAAGCGAUACGCCCACUGGCAGUAUCGACUACAUCUAUCUCAAGAACGUGCUCCUCCAGUUCUUGGAACAAAGGGACAAGAAUUAUCAGAAGCAACUAAUCCCCGUCUUGGGGAUGCUUCUGCAUUUUGACCGAACGGACGAGCAAAAGUGGAUGGCGGCCAUCACCUCGAAGUAG